AUGGUGUGCAAGAAAUGUCCCUGUCAUACCACUGCAGAAGCUGCUCUGUGGCUGAACUCCUGUGUGUCCUGUGCCACAGAGCGUAUCGUCCUGCCCGGCAGAUACAGCCUACGUAGCAGCUGGAGCUCUCACAGCCGUUGCCUUCCCCUUACACUGACACAAAGACUGGUUUCAUGUGUAGAAAUGAGUGUUACUUUUUGCACUUCUGUCCGUGACUUUUUCUGUGAACAGAUGCAAAGUGAAAGGAAAACUCAGCGAAAUCCUAGUUCCGCAGACAUUGGAGAAGAAGCUGGGAGAUCCGUAGGAGUCCAGCAGCCAGCUUUACUGAGAGACAGGAGCCUUGGUUCUGCCAUGAAAGACUGCCCAUAUUGUGGAAAAACUUUCAGAACAUCACAUCACUUAAAGGUCCACUUGAGAAUACAUACAGGUGAGAAGCCUUACAAGUGUCCUCAUUGUGAUUAUGCCGGUACUCAGUCUGCAUCCCUCAAAUACCACUUGGAACGGCACCAUCGAGAGCGACAGAAUGGGUCAGGACCACUCUCUGGGCAGGCUGCAAGUCAAGAACAUAAAGACGAGACAUCGAGUAAAAGUUCUGUGUUUAUUAGACCAGAUAUAUUGAGAGGAGCCUUCAAGGGGCUUCCUGGUAUUGAUUUCCGAAGUGGCAUGGUCUCACAGCAGUGGACGUCAGGAAUGCUGUCUUCUGGAGAUCAACAAGGACAAGCAGCUGGCAUGUCUUCUGAAGUAUCUUCAGAAAAUAUGAAGGGUUCAGACUUACCUUCCAAAGGAACACACUUCUCUGAACUUGGCCGUGCUUACCAGAACAUGGUUGGGAAUGGUGUGAACUUUCAAGGGUCUCUGCAAGCGUUCAUGGACAGCUUUGUCCUAAGUUCUUUGAAGAAAGAAAAAGAAAUGAAGGAUAAAGCUCUCUCGGAUCCACUUUCAGCAAAAGCUCUGGGCUCGGAUGGUGGUGAGGAAAAGAUAAAUAGCAAGUCCUCACAGAGGAAAACAGAAAAAUCACAAUACGAGCCCCUUGACUUGUCGGUGAGGCCGGACGCAGCCUCCCUGCCGGGUUCCUCCGUGACGGUGCAGGACAACAUCGCUUGGCACGGCUGCCUGUUCUGCUCCUUCACGACUUCAUCUAUGGAACUGAUGGCUCUGCACCUCCAGGCCAAUCACUUGGGCAAGGCUAAGCGUAAGGACAGCAUCAUAGGGAACAACAAAGACCAAUCUAGAGAAGCUUCAGCCUCAGUGAACAAAGUGAGCUUGCUCCCCUCUCCUGCGCAGUCCAGCAAGGAGGCGGUUGUGUCAAACAUGCUGAGCCAGCUGGGCUCAGCUUCUGAGAAAAUGACCCAAGGACAAAAUAAGGAGACCCUGGGAGAACAAAAGAGUGCUGCCUGGCCCAGCCACAUGGAAUCCAGUUUUUGUAAUUUUACCACAGACUUCUAUAAGCAGUUUGGUGUUUAUCCUGGUGUUAUUGGCACAGGAACACAAAAUUCUUGCACCGGUAAAGAAUCUGAAAUAAAAACACAGUCCGAAGAUGACCCAAAUAUUCUGCUUUCUGACUCUGUAAAUAAAAGUGCUACUGAUGACCUUUCUGACAUAGCUUCAUCUGAGGAUAUGGAGUCUUCCAAGGAAGAAACCAUUGAAGAUGAGGACAUUGACACAGAACCAGACAUUAUGAAUAAGCAGUUGUCUGCCCUAAAUAAAGAAAGCAAUGAAGGAGGCGACAAUAUACAAAGUGCAGUCACCUCACAGCCAACACAAGGGCUCGUAUCACCGCUGCCGCAGGCGUCAGAAAAGCAGUGGCACAGUCAGAAUCUUCUGUCCUCCCAUGAAACUGCACAAGGAGUGAUGAAACCUGAACAAGUUCAGGGUCCACAGGUCCUGGAGAAGCAGAUGAACAUGUUGUCAGUCCUAAGAGCUUACAGCUCUGAUGGCUUAGCAGCCUUUAAUGGACUUGCAAGUAGCACAGCAGCUAGUGGAUGUAUCAAGAGACCUGACUUGUGUG